AUUCCACGUUGCUUUUCAACUCCUGCAAACCAAAAAGCAAGCAGGAGAAGAUAAGGCGGUUAGGACACUGGAGAGACAGUUGCAAGAAAUGGAUGCUUUCCUUAUCUCCACAUCCCCCAGCUCAGUCGCCGCCCUCCAUCUCCCCGCCGGCGGCCACUGCACUUCUUCCCCAACACCUCCAUUUCCGCCGAAACACUCUUCCGCUUCCCUCCCUACGUUACUUAGACCCAUCAAAGGCUCCCCUGUUCAAACACGCCUUUUUUCUCCUCUGCCCCUGAUGAGAACGAGAAUAUCUGCUAAUUCCCAAGCCGCCCCUGCCUCCGCCGUAACCUCGGCCGCUUCUUCCGUGCAGGCCGAAAUGAAGGCUUGGGUCUACGGUGAGUACGGAGGCGUCGACGUUCUGAAAUUUGAGUCGAAGGCGUCGGUUCCGGAAGUGAGGGACGACCAGGUUCUGAUUAAGGUCGUUGCCGCGGCACUUAACCCUGUUGAUUUCAAGAGGAGGCAGGGCAAGUUCAAGGCCACUGAUUCACCCCUUCCGACUGUUCCGGGCUACGAUGUUGCGGGGGUGGUGGUAAAGACUGGGAGCCAAGUAAAGGGCCUCAAGGAAGGAGAUGAAGUAUAUGGGGACAUCAGUGAGAAAGCCUUGGAUGGGCCUAAACAGUCUGGCUCUUUGGCUGAAUACACUGCUGUUGAGGAAAAACUACUAGCUCUUAAGCCCAAGAAUUUGGAUUUUGCUCAGGCUGCUAGCCUUCCUCUUGCCAUUGAGACUGCCUAUGAAGGUCUUGAAAGGUCUGGGUUCUCUACUGGCAAAUCUAUCCUUGUUUUGGGCGGCGCCGGGGGAGUUGGAACCCUUGUGAUUCAGCUGGCAAAACAAGUAUUUGGUGCAUCUAGAGUUGCAGCCACAUCAAGCACUGGAAAAUUAGAUCUGUUGAAGAGCUUGGGUGCUGACUUAGCUAUUGACUACACUAAGGAGAGCUUCGAAGAUCUGCCCGAAAAAUUCGAUGUUGUUUAUGAUACAGUUGGGCAGUGUGACAGGGCAGUGAAGGUGGUAAAAGAAGGGGGCAGCGUGGUGGCGCUGACGGGAGCAGUCACUGCCCCUGGCUUCAGAUUUGUGGUGACCUCCAAUGGCGCUGUGUUGAAUAAACUGAACCCAUUUUUGGAGAAUGGGAAGGUGAAGCCAGUGGUUGAUCCCAAGGGGCCAUUCCCAUUCUCGCAGCUUGUCGAAGCUUUCUCUUACAUUGAGACAGGCCGAGCCAUUGGGAAGGUAGUUGUGCAUCCAAUUCCAUAAGAAAGAUAUAUAAUAAAAGAAAAUAGGCCAUUUUGGCAAUCAUGAUUAGUUUCUUUGAAGUAUAAUAUUAAUGUUGUCUCUUUGGAGGCAUCCGAUAGUUCGAAUGUAAGAAAAUCUUAGAAUAUUUCAAUGAAUACAUGAGUUUUCUGUUUAA